GCUUUAAACCAGAGUGACAGAGUGACACAGACCAAAACAUUUUAGAAUUUUGUCGCUUUUUUGUGCACUGUAAUGUUCUGGUACAUUUGAGAAGUCUUCUUUAUUCAUCAAGUUAGUAAAAGUCUCGUAAUGGCGGAAGGAGGCCAGUACAGCUUCUCCCUGACCACAUUCAGUCCCUCGGGAAAGCUGGUGCAAAUUGAGUAUGCCUUGGCAGCUGUGGCCGCUGGAGCACCUACCGUGGGCAUCCGAGCUGCUGAUGGCGUUGUGGUGGCCACGGAGAAGAAACAGAAGAAUCAGUUGUUCGAGGAGGAAACAGUUGUGAAAGUGGAGGCGAUCACCAAAAACAUCGGGAUGGUUUAUUCUGGUAUGGGUCCAGAUUUCCGGCUCCUGGUGAAGAAAGCCCGCAAAAUCGCACAGGAGUAUAAGAUGAUGUAUCAGGAGAACGCUCCCAUUGUGCAGCUGGUACAGCGUGUCGCGGCGGUUAUGCAGGAGUACACUCAGUCUGGUGGUGUCAGACCGUUCGGAGUAUCGCUGUUAAUCGCUUCCUGGGACAACAAUCGCCCCUAUCUGUUCCAAGUUGAUCCGUCAGGAUCAUAUUUUGCGUGGAAAGCGACGGCAAUGGGAAAGAACUACAUCAACGCCAAAACGUUUCUUGAGAAAAGAUUUUCCGAUGACAUGGUCAUCGAGGAUGCUGUUCAUACCGCUUUACUCACCCUGAAGGAAAGCUUCGAUGGUCAGAUGAAUGAAAACAACAUUGAAGUGGGAAUCGCCACCGCCAAGGAUGGAUUCCGCUUGUUAUCGACGACAGAAAUUAAAGAUUAUCUCAAAUCCGUGGUGUAAAUCUGCUUUUAUAGAUCCUGAAAACCCGAUAGUGUUUACUCUUAGUAUUUUUUUAUGGUUAUACUGAAGCUGCUUGACGAAUUGGUACUUUUUUUUGUUGUUGCUUCCUGCUGUUUCUGAGUCAAACAAUUUUUUUCCGAACAACUGCUAUAAAACUAACAGAUUUUAACAUGAAAACUAUGUCAUACUGUACAAGAGCCCUCCCAUUUAUAUACCCAAAUAGCUUAUUUUACUAUU